UCCGCCUCCUACACACAGCAUGGAGGGUAAAGAGGGUUACUCCUCCUCUUCGUCCAUUCACAGAAAAAGCAGUGAGUGAAGAAGAGAAGCUUUCUGCUCCUUGAAUGGACCAAACUGAAGGUUCCUUUUUGAAAUUCUGCCCGACUCAAGUGGUCACCAUGAGCUGGAGGAGCUUCCACGGAGUUUUUACGCUGGUGUCAGACAACUGAGGGGCAUCGACUUUGGAGAGACUUGACUCUCAUAGCAGGACGCUGGAUCUUUGAGCCCAGGGCAAAAGGUCAGUCGGGGCGUCUUGAUUGAGAGGCUGAGAGCGUCGCAAGAUAACAACGUCCAUCUUUUAUCCUUUUUCCUCCUGAGCCAAAAUGGGUUCAGAUCUACGCGACCUGAACUCUCUGCUACCUCCGGUCCCAACGGGGCCCAGUCCGAGCUGCCCGGCCCCGCAGUGGGCUCCCGUCCUGGACUUCCACACGGCCGCCUCCCCUUACUCGUCUCUGGGAGCUCCUCACACGUCCCUGGGGCCGCACUCCUUCAUCAAGCAGGAGCCCAGCUGGGGGAGCACAGGUGACCCCCACCUCCACGAGUCGGAUCCUCACUGCGGCCUCAGCGCCUUCACCGUCCACUUUUCAGGGCAGUUCACGGGCACGGGGGCUUGUCGGUACGGGGCCGCUUUCGGGGCGCCUCCUUCCGCGCCGCCGGCCUCCAGCCAGCCGCCUCCCGUCGGGGCCCCGCAUCACCAUCAGACCCCCAGCAGGAUGUUCAGCAACCCGUCGUACUUGACCAACUGCAUGGACACACAACCUGCAGUACGCAACCAGACAGGUUACAGUGCGGUGGCGUUCGAUGGAGCCAGUAAUUACGGUCACACUCCAACUCACCACAGCUCGCAGUUCUCCAACCACUCCUUCAAACACGAAGACUCUUUAAGUCACCAGAACGCCAUCGCAGAGCAGCAGUAUUCGAUGGCCCCUUCCAUGUACGGAUGUCACACACCUUCAGACAGCUGUGCAGGCAGCCAGGCUCUGCUGCUGAGGAACCCGUACAACAGUGGUGAAAAUGUAUAUCAAAUGACCUCUCAGUUGGAGUGUGUGGCUUGUAACCGUGUCAAUACACUGGCAUCAACCAGGAAGAGCCAUGCAGGAGGCUAUGACAGCGACCCCAGCACACCCAUGGUGUACAGCUGCAGCACACAGUACCGCAUACACACCCACGGCGUCUUCAGAGGACUGCAGGACGUAAGGCGGGUGCCCAGCAUCAAUCCAACCAUAGUGCGGUCGGAGAGCAGCGAGAAGCGUCCGUUCAUGUGUCCUCACCCGGGAUGCAACAAGCGCUACUUCAAGCUGUCGCAACUGCAAUUGCACGGCCGUAAACAUUCAGGUGAAAAACCUCACCACUGUGAGGUCGCAGACUGCGGUCAGAGCUUCUCUCGCUCUGACCAGCUCAAAAGACACCAGAGGAGACACACAGGUGUUAAACCCUUCGAAUGUGAGACGUGUCAGAGAAAGUUCUCUCGGUCUGACCACCUUAAGACACACACCCGGACUCAUACAGGUAAAACAAGUGAGAAACCUUUUAACUGUCGCUGGCCAAAUUGUCAGAAGAAGUUUGCCCGGAGUGAUGAGUUGGUGCGACACCACAACAUGCACCAGAGGAACCUCACCAAGCUGCAACUGGCCGUCUGAGUCGCUCACUUUGACAAACGCAGGGAACGUAUUACAGUUUUGUUUAUUUAUUCAGUCUGGGCAGCGGAUUCCAACAUUUGCCAUGAUAUUGUUCAACCAUUACACAGAUGACAUGUAAUUGCAUUGUUUCGGCCUUAGGAGUACUGCAUUUUUGUAGGUUUAUUUUAUUAAAUAUUUAGUUAUUUUGAAACACGUCCUACUCUAAGGCAAGGGGUGUCCAAAGUUUUGUAUUGGCUCCCUGGCAUAAACGUUCUUUGCCAGGGGUGCCCAAACGUUUUCCCUCCAAGGGCCAAAGUGUAAAUGUGCCAAUGGUUUGCGGGCCAAGCAGCAUUUUUUGUUACCAUGCAACAGCACCACGAGUGAGUAAUUUAGCCUCAUACCGCCAUACAUAAAUAUAAGGUAGUAAAGAUUGUCACACAGCUGUGUGCCAAAUUCAGUUAACAUGCAACUCUACAUCUUUUAUGUACAAUUUUAACCUCGAAACAUUCCAAAAGGUCAUUUUCUGCAGAUAUUCGCCAUUUCCAGGUGUUGUUCUGUAACCAGCUACUCCUAUAUUUUUCAUCUGAUCGAUUUCAAAUUUUGCCCAGACACAUUAGACAUAUGGACGAUGCUAAAUUUUGAAGCGUUACGUUUUUCAUUAAAUUAUGUGGGCGUUUUCCACAGAGUGUCAAAAAGUCACAACUUUACCGCAGAGCAGGGGUUCUUAAAUAAUACAAAAACAAAAUAGGUAGCCUGUAAAAAAAAAAAAAAAAAAAAAGAUCUAUAGAUUUUACGAUACAAAAAACUGGUAGCUAAGUCACCAGAAUUUUACCAUACUUUUUUAAGGUGUUUUUUACACAAAUUUACUGCAAAUUGAAAAACUGUACCACUGUUCAGUUCAGUUAUAGUUUAUUUCAAACAUGCAUUCGAUACAAUGUAAUGCAUCACAUAUUUCCAGUUGUUCCAUUACAUCACAACACCGCAGCAAAUUAAUGCGUCCGGAAUGAUCCAAAUGCGAGAAAAUGCAUAUUGCAAGACAUUUUUUUCAAAAAAGGAAAUAUUAUAUUUACUAAAUGAAAAAACAAAUGCCAUUAAAGAAAAACACCGGCAGAGACUAAAACACAUCCAUUUAAUUUGUUUUAAUGAGCCCCUUAAGUCAUCCAGCACCUAUAAAAUUAUAAAAUGAUAUUGCUGAAUUGACGAUAUGUGUAAUAUUUUUUUAUUUUUGACAAUCCAUACAUGUUGACGAGCAUACGUAGGACGAAGCUGCAUACUUCGAGCGCGAUGUGGUGAGGAUGACUGUAUUACAAUACUCACUAGGCUCCAGUCAGCCCUAUAACCCCUUACGAGUAAUAUUAAAAACUGAAAUUGUAUCACAAACGUAAUCUCGGCAUACAAUAUUCUAAAAAAAUAUAUAUAUAUUAUUAAUGAGAUAUAUUAUUAGACAUUACACCAAUUUGCUUUCUCACCCAUAACACAAAGUUAAGCUAUAGAUGUUUGCUCUGAUAGCUAAGCAUAAAUUGACCUACACUGCACAUUGGAUUGGUUUUAGCCUCUUUAAUGCACAGAAUGUAUUAUAGUGGACCCCCGCAUUCUUCCACUUUUACAUACAGUGGAAAAACUUUGGACACCCCUGCCCUAAGCAAUUCAUCAGAUUUCACACACACACACACACACACACACACACACACACACACACACACACACACACACACACACACACACACACACACACACACAC